GGUCCCAUGGUAUGUCUACUCAUCACUAGUCUCAUGAUGUGAAGUUCAUCUUCCUCUUACCCUAUUCUUUUCACCUCUUUUGAUUCUCUCUCAUGACUUCCGCUGAUUAAUUCUCAUUCUUUGCCUUAUUGAGCAAAAUCAAGCAUAUAGUUUUUUAGAUCACUAAUUGAUGAUCAAUAAUUCUAUAGCUAGCUACCAAAUUAAAUCAUGUCAGGUGAUAGAGGAAAAGAUUUGGCAGAAGGAUCCAAUGAACAAGCCGCAGCUACUCCUAGCCGUUAUGAAUCGCAGAAAAGAAGGGAUUGGAACACUUUUGGUCAGUACUUGAAGAAUCAAAGGCCUCCGGUACCCCUAUCCCAGUGCAAUUGCAACCAUGUUCUUGACUUUCUCAGGUAUUUAGAUCAGUUUGGAAAGACUAAAGUUCAUGUACAAGGUUGUAUGUUUUAUGGACAGCCUGAACCUCCUGCUCCUUGUACUUGUCCUCUUAGACAAGCUUGGGGUAGUCUUGAUGCUCUUAUCGGUCGGCUUCGAGCUGCCUAUGAAGAGAAUGGAGGAUCACCUGAGACUAACCCUUUUGCUAGUGGUGCUAUUCGUGUUUAUCUAAGGGAAGUAAGGGACUGUCAAGCUAAGGCAAGAGGGAUUCCAUAUAAGAAGAAGAAGAAGAAGCCUACUCCAAGCAAGGGAAUUGAUGAAUCAACCUCCGCCAUGCACUUCUCUUAGAUUCUCCAUUUUACUAUAUGAAACUUUGCAGGAUCUUGUUGAUGCAUGUGUUGCUAAGGAGAAUCAAGUUAUCAAAGAAAUACUGUUAAAAGGGAGUGAACAGUCUUUUGGAAGUUUGUGUUUUUUCUACUAUGUUGAAUCAAGGAAGCGGAUUUAAAGAACUCUUCUAGACUGAUAGGUUCUAAAGAGUCUCCUUGCUGUUUACUAUUUUGUCCUUUCUUGAAUUUGUAAGCAUAGCACUGCGUCUAUAUGUAUUUGCAUUAAAUAUAUGAUUUUGGAAAAACCUUAUAUUAUAUGAUUGUAAUAUGAAUAUUUUUCUUUUGAUCACUUCAGUCAUUUUCUGCAGCUGUAACAUCCCCGUUUGGGCUUCUAAGUUUAGCAAGGUUUGUUA